AUGGCCGGCAUCUGCCAGCUCUUCGAUGAGCUGUGCGAGGCCCAUCUGCCGGCCCCCAAGGCCCACCUGCGCCAGCGUGGCCUGGACCGCAGGCGGGCAAAGCGGAGCCUCAAGAAGGUGGCCUACAAUGUGCUUUUCACCAAUCUCUUCCAAGACGAGACCCAGAAGCUGCUGCAGGCCGAGCUCCCUCAGCUCCCGGUGAAGAACAAGGUCCUCCUGCUCUCCUUCAACCUGAGAGUGGGUGGCUUGGGUGCGGAGGCCGGCCGUCUGGAGGACCUGGUGGAGCAGCUCCUCGCAGCGCCUUGCUGUCCACUCGUGGAAGUGUCCUCUGUCUUGGAGCUCCUGGUUCAGCUGGCGGGCAGCGGGCCCCCUCAAGUGCUGCUGGGAAAACGAGACCCCUUCCUGAACAACAGGCACGUCGGGCGGAGCGUCCCGUACAGCGGCUACAGCUGCCGGGACCUGAGCGUGCUGGAGAUGGACGUCCGGUCCCUGAUAGCCAGGGAGGAAUGUCUGUGUCACGACAUGCUCCGGAGAACACUUGGGCUGAUGGAGGCCGCACCGGGCACUGGCCUGCCCACCUUUGGGCGCUUCUUCGGGGACUCUUGCGACAAGUUUGAGAGGGACACCCGGACCUCCCUCUUCGGUGCCCUGGUGCACAGCCGCACGGUGGACAUGGACGUCCGCCUGGACCUGCCCCCUGUGCCGGACAGCGCAGACCUGUCUGGACUUGUCAUUAAAGUACCUCAGAGCAUGGACCAGUCGGAAGAUGAAGGGUUCCAGUCAGCCUCCAAUAUGACUCCUGACUCCCAGUCUGAACCAAGUGUGACCCCAGACCUGGACCCAUGGGAAGCUGUGCUCUCCUACGAGGCCAGUAAGCGGCGGUGCUGGGAGAGAAUAGGCUGCCCCCCUGGCCACAAGGAGGAGCCCUACCUCACUGAGGCAGGGCGAGACGCCUUCGACAGGUUCUGCAGACUCUGUGAGGGGGGAUUGCAGCUGCUGGGCGGCGGCCUCCUCCCAACCCCACAGCGGGUCCUGGUUCCGGAAUGCGAGCUGGUGAAGGACACGCUGAACGUGCUCAUCGGGGUUGCGUCUGCCACGUUCUCACUCUCCCAGCUGGCACAGGCCUUCCUGGUGAAGUUGGGCGUGUACGUGUCAGGGACAUCCCCUGAGAGCAUGCACAGCCUCCUGUCCGAGGUGGCUGCCUGUGGGACCUACUAUGUGCGCCUGAGCCAUUUCUCUCUACAGCCAGUGCUGGAGUCUGUGGGCAGCAAGGGCCUCGUGUUCCAGGCCUUCACCAGCGGCGUGAGACGCUAUCUACAGUACUAUCGUGCUUGUGUGCUCUCCACGCCGCCCACCCUCAGCCUGCUGACCAUCAGCUUCCUCUUUAAGAAGCUGGGCCGGCAGCUCAGGUACCUGGCUGAGCUGUGUGGCGUCGGCACUGGACUCCCGGGUACCAGCGGCAGUGGAGGGUCCAGGGCCACCUUCCCAACUGGCGUGAAGCUGCUCUCGUACUUGUACCAGGAAGCUCUGGACAACUGCAGCAACGAACACUACCCUGUCCUCCUGUCCCUGCUGAAGACCAGCUGCGAGCCCUACACUCGGUUCAUCCAUGACUGGGUGUACAGUGGGGUCUUCCGGGAUGUUUACGGAGAGUUCAUGAUCCAGGUGAACGACGACUACCUGGGUUGCAGAGAUAAGUCUUACUGGACCCACGGCUACAUGCUGAUUUCUGAAGAGGUGGAGGACUGCGUUCCUGUGUUUCUGAAGCACAUCGCCAACGAUGUGUACGUCUGCGGGAAGACCAUCAACCUGUUGAAGCUCUGCUGCCCCCGGCAUUACCUGUGUUGCUCUGACAUCCCUGUUCCUCGGAUCUCCGUCAUCUUCUCCCUUGAGGAACUGAAGGACAUUGAGAAGGACUGUGCCGUGUAUGUGGGGCGCAUGGAGAGGGUAGCACGCUACAGCUCCGUCAGCAAGGAGGAGAAGGAACUUCGUGUGGAAAUCGCAAAACAAGAGCUAAUUGCCCAUGCCCGAGAGGCAGCGUCCAGGGUUCUGAGUGCCCUGAGCGACCGGCAGGUGUCUGAGCGCGUGGCCCUGGACGCCCGGAAGCGAGAGCAGUUCCAGAGGCUGAAGGAACAGUUUGUGCGCGACCAGGAGCGACGCCUGGCGGCCAGACAGGAAGAGGCUGCUGACGACUUCAGCUACGCCCGUGAGCUCCGCGACAGGGAGAAGCGACUGCAGGCCUUGGAGGAGGAGCUGGAGCGGAGGGCCAGGCAGGUGCUGGUCGAGCACUAUAGCCGGCUGUCGGCGGAGGCAGCGCGCCGGGAGCAGAAGGCGUUGUGGAGGCUGCAGAGACGCCGGCUGGGUGAGGCGCGACGCUGCUUCCUCCUGGCCGACCAGACACGCCUGCAGGAGCUGCUGCAGGAUGUGUCGGAGGGGACGUGCCCACAGCUCUUGGAUGAGUGCCUGCCUAGGGCAGGGGUGGUGCAUCCCCAGGUCCUGUCUCAGGGUGUGGACCCCGCAGGUAGAGCCCGAGGCCAUGAAACUGAACCUGCAGAGGAGCAUGGGCCUGUCCCGACGCCCUGGUCCCCAGGGUCUCCCACAGCAGUUGGCCUCAGUGUCCAGGACUUCUUGCCCAGAGGCCUAGGGACAGAGCAGCCUGUGGAAUGCAGCGGGGCCUCUGUCCCAGGGAAGGCCCCCCUCUUGCCAGAAGUCCCUGUUUUGGGGGAAGCCCCUCUGCUGGAGCACGCACUGAUGACUAUCAGCUCAGACCUGCCUUCCUCGACUCUGGGGGUGCUGCCCACAGCAGCCGACACGCAGCCCUCGCAGGUGCCUGAGUAUGACUUCAGCACUGUCCUGAGGCCAGCGGUGGCUGCCCCAGCCUCUCCAGGGUCCCUGCUGGCUCUGGAGGGGGACUUGGGCAGCGAGGGGCCGCAGCUGCAGUGGGACACCUGCACAAAUCUGGGUCCCUGGGUCCCUGAAGUGCUGGCAUCUGGGCCUGCAGACAAGGAAUGCAGCAGUCUUCAGGACCAGCUCCUUGGGCACAUGUCUGAAGGCAGUGUGCCCUCCCAGCCUCAGGGGAGUGUCCACGGCCACGUGUCUGAUGCCAACAUUAAGAUUGAGGAGAACGUCUCGGACGUGGCCUCCUCUCGCCCCCGGUGGAGCAUCCACGGCCACGUGUCUGAUGCCAACAUCAAGAUUGGGGAGAUUGGGGAGAAUGUCUCGGACGUGGCCUCCUCUCGGCCCCGGUGGAGCGUCCACGGCCACGUGUCCGAUGCCAACAUCAAGAUUGGGGAGAAUGUGUCAGAUGUGGCUCCCUCCAGGGCAGAGUGGAACGUCCCCAUCUCUCAGUCACACAUGAUGCUGGGGGCACUCCCGGAGGAGACUGAGCCUGAGACGUUUGGCCAUGUGGUCCAGUCAGACCUGGGAGCACAGAGCUCCUCCCUGGAAUGUGAGCUUCAGCCACCUGCAGAGACAGUGCCAGGGCCUUUGGGCCAGGCCCUGGCUGAAGUGACCACCUCAGUCAGCACGGAGGAGGAGGGUGUCCCCUGGGAACAUGGUUCUGAAGGAGCCAGGAGCAGCGAGGACAGCAGCAGCCCCUCUCCAGGUCGGCCCUUGAGUCCCCAGGCAGGUGACACUGCCCAGGGCAGCCUGGAGCCUGGCGAGGCUGCAAACUUACAGGCUCAGCUGGAGCGCCUGGCUGCACGCUACCACCUGGAGCAGUACCCCGACCACUUUGAAGCCAUGUCUGAGCCUCCAGCCGCCCACCUCCUGCCACAUGCACUGCCCCGCUCCUUCUCUUUCCCUGUGGAACCCCGAGCUCGGCCCGACACAGAUGAGACUGCCGUACAGCUGAGUGAGCUGCUGACGUUGCCUGUGCUUCUGAAACACUCCAUCUCAGCCCCGCUGGCUGCCCACGUCUCCCUGGUGAACAAGGCUGCCGUGGACUACUUCUUCGUGGAGCUCCACCUGGAGACACACCUGGAGGCGCUGCGUCACUUCCUGCUGAUGGAGGAUGGUGAAUUUGCCCAGUCCCUCAGUGACUUGCUCUUUGAAAAGCUGGGCUCAGGGCAAUCGCCCGGCGAACUCCUCAGCCCCCUCGCAUUGGGCUCCGUACUGAGCAAGGCCUUGCAGUACAGCCUCCACGGGGAUGGGCCCCUUGCUGCCAACCUCUCCUUCGCCCUCAAGUUCCUGCCUGAGGUGUUCACCCCCAACGCCCCUGACGUGCUGAGCUGCUUGGAGCUCAGAUACAAGGUUGACUGGCCCCUCAACAUUGUCAUCACCGAGAGCUGCCUUAGCAAGUAUGGCCGCAUCUUCUCCUUCCUGCUGCAGUUGAAACUCAUGGUGUGGACACUCAAGGACAUCUGCGGUCACCUCAAGCGCACUGCCCUGGUGAGCCGGGCUGCAGGCUCUGUGCAGCUCCGCCAGCUACAGCUAUUCAAGCACGAGAUGCAGCACUUUGUGAAGGUCAUCCAGGGUUACAUCGCCAACCAGAUCCUGCACGUCACCUGGUGUGAGUUCAGGAACAAGCUAGCCACUGUGGGCACCCUGGAAGAGGUCCAGCGGGCUCAUGCCGAGUACCUGAACAAGGCUGUCUUCAGGGGUCUGUUGACAGAGAAAGCUGCACCGGUCAUGAACAUCAUCCACAGCAUUUUCAGCCUGGUCCUCAAGUUCCGCAGCCAGCUCAUCUCCCAGGCCUGGUCUUCCACGGCCGCCCCCCGGGGUGCUGAGCACCCCAAUUUCACCCUCAUGCAGCAGUCGUACAACACCUUCAAGUACUAUUCUCACUUCCUCUUCAAAGUGGUGACGAAGCUGGUGAACCGUGGCUACCAGCCCCACCUGGAGGACUUCCUGCUGCGUAUCAACUUUAACAACUAUUACCAGGACUCCUGA